GCCCAAGCUCCUCGCUGCAGCUCAGGCAGCCUCUUUUGGGGUGGGGGCAGGGGGCCAGGCGAGAAGCGUCUGACUGCUGAAGACUCCAGGGCACAGGAGACUAAAUGACCCUUGCCUGCAGUGGACAUGGGGAAGAAGCUGGUGAUGGCCCAGAAGCGGGGAGAGACUCGAGCCCUGUGCCUGGGCGUGGCCAUGGUGGUGUGUGCUGUCAUUGCCUACUAUAUCCUGGGCACGACCAUGCUGCCCCUCUACCAGAAAAGCGUGUGGACCCAGGAAUCCACGUGCCACCUGAUUGAAACCAACAUCAGGGACCAGGAGGAGCUGGAGGGCAAAAAGGUGCCCCAGUACCCAUGCCUAUGGGUCAAUGUGUCAGCUGUGGGCCGGUGGGCCAUGCUGUACCACACGGAGGACACUCGUGACCAGAACCAGCAGUGCUCCUACAUCCCAGGUAGCCUGGAAAACUACCAGGUGGCCCGGACCGAUGUGGAGAAAGUCAGAACCAACUUCCACGAGCACCGGAUUUUCUACUGCUUCUCAACGACUCGGGAGAAUGAGACCUCUGUCCUGUACCGGCGCCUCUACGGGCCCCAGACCCUGCUCUUCUCUCUCUUCUGGCCCACCUUCCUGCUGACCGGUGGCCUCCUCAUUAUUGCCAUGGUGAAGAUCAACCAGUCCCUUUCCAUCCUGGCAGCUCAGAGGUAGACCUAUCCAUGCCACAACGUGCUAAAGCCACAGGGGACUGGGUGGCCCCCAGGCCUCUCCCUACUUAUGUAUCCAUGCCUUCCUCACCCCCCACUCCCCGCCUUCUCACUGUUCUGCUCCUAUCUAUCCCACCUUCUGCUGCAUGGGUGGGCCUUGGGAAAUUCCUCUGUUAAGUCAUUCCCCAUCUGGAACGUGCUUCUGAGAGCUCCAGGCCAGCUGGUGACAGCUUCCCAUCACCUGUCCCCACCCAACUGACUCAAAUCCACUUUCUACUGUACCACUGACCCCGCCCACAGACAAUAAUGACACUUCCCUCUGUGCCUGUGUUCUCUCCUUUGGCUCAAAGGCCCACCUUGGCCGUUCCUGGCAAGCUUCAGUUCCUUCUCUGAAUUCCAUAAUGAAAACAACUGGCAGUUCCCACAUGUACAGGUCAUUUAGUAUAUUGCUAAGUGCUAUACGCAUUUUUAUUCCAGUAUUAACAAAUAUAGGCACAAACUUCCAGUUAUAAAAUUCUUAAGUCACCGGAGUAUCAUGUGCAGCAUAGUGAUUAUAGUUAACAAUUCUGUAUUACAUAUUGGAAAGUUGCUAUGAGAGUAAAUCUUAAAAGUUUGUAUCACAAGAAAACAAUUUUGUAACUCUAUAUGGUGACAGAUGUUAACUAGAUUUAUUGUGGUGAUCAUUUUGCAGGACAUACAAAUACUGCAUUAUUAUGUUACACACCUGAAACUAAUGUAAUGUUACAUGUCAAUUAUAUCUCAAUAAAAUAUACAUAUAUAUAUAUCA